CCGGCGGGAUUGUUUGACUCUAGUACAGAAACAGUGUGAUUAUUGUUAUGCCACUCGGUGGGGCCUAUCGCAUGUUCGUAGAUUAUGUCGCAAAGUUCGCGUGACAGAUACUGCUGCAUGCCUUCGCAUAGAGGAUGGCAUCGACUUCGUUCUAUUAUGACCGAUUCUUGUAUAAGUUCUUCAGCCUCCGGAUUGAUCCGCUGCCGUUGCUUAAAUUGGUGUUAAGCUUUGUUUCUAGCAACCUCCUAUUGGCUUUAAUUUCCGCAAGUUCUUUACGUAUGCGAUAUUUAUGCUUUAUUAACACUUGUGUUCGCAUCUGCUUCUUUCUUUGGUACUUAUCUAGGCGCUGCUGCAAGCUGUGUUCUCGUCAGACAUGUCCCAUGUCUGGAAGCUGUUCAACCUACGCGCGGGCAGCCGUUGCGUUCGAUGCAGUUCUCAAUAUGGACCCCAUGUUUGGUUGCUACGCGACGCCGUGUUCCACAAUCACGAGAGGAAAUUGAAAGGCCAGAAGCUCUGCGCAAACAACACGAUCAAAAUUUGGUUGCACAGCGCGAGGAAUCGUGUUGGCCAGGAUAUCGCGCUAGCGAAUCCCUGCACUACGCCUAGCUCGCCCCCACAAAACUCUCGAAAGGCGAAG